AUGGAGACGAAUUCGUCUGGAGAAGAUCUGGUUAUUAAGACGAGGAAGCCAUAUACGAUAACAAAGCAACGUGAAAGAUGGACUGAAGAAGAACAUAAUAGAUUCCUUGAAGCCUUGAGGCUUUAUGGUAGAGCUUGGCAGAAGAUUGAAGAGCAUGUCGCAACAAAAACUGCUGUUCAGAUUCGAAGUCACGCUCAGAAAUUCUUCUCCAAGGUAGAGAAAGAGGCUGAAGCUAAAGGUGUACCAAUGGGUCAAGCGCUUGACAUAGCUAUUCCUCCUCCACGGCCUAAACGAAAACCAAACAAUCCUUAUCCUAGAAAGACCGGAAGUGGAACCAUCUCCAUGUUGAAGACGUGUGAAAACGAUGGAAAAGAGUUCCCUUCUGAGAUGGCUAAUGAAGACAAUUGUUCAGACUGUUUCACUCAUCAGUACCUCUCUGCUGCUUCCUCCAUGAAUAAAAGCUCUAUAGAGACAUCAAACGCAAGCACUUUCCGCGAGUUCUUGCCUUCACGAGAAGAGCAGGGCAGUCAGAGAAAGGAGCCAAACUCAGAGAAUCACAGUGAUUUGAAUGCAAAAUCUCCUCAGACUUAUCCAAGGCAUAUCCCUCUGCUAGUGCCAUUGGGGAGCUCUAUAACAAGUUCUUUAUCACAUCCAACUUCAGAGCCACCAGAAGAGAGUGACGCCGCAAGAUACAGUCAUCAUCCACACACAGUUUCCGGAGACUAUCAGUCGUUCCCUAACCAUAUCAUGUCAACGCUUUUACAGACACCGGCUCUCUACACUGCUGCUACUUUCGCCUCAUCAUUCGGAGGCGGCUUGCCUUGCCAAGGGAACUCAAAUCCGAAUCUUGCUGCCAUGGCUGCAGCCACUGUUGCAGCUGCGAGUGCUUGGUGGGCCGCCAAUGGUUUGUUACCUCUAUGUGCUCCAGGUGGAUUCACUUAUCAUCCUCCAGCUACUGUGGUACCAUCCGGUGUCGUAGAUAAAGCAAAGGCAGACACUUUACAACAUGAUAGCCGAGAGAGGGUUGAUCCAGAUGCAGAACACUCUAAGGCUCGAUCUUCAUUGGAGUCAGAGGAGACUGAGAAUGGAGCUAAACCAGACUGCCUUGAGCAGCAGCCUUGUGCAGCAACAACUGAGGCUGAUGCAAAGGAGAGAAAACAAGUUGAUCGGUCUUCUUGUGGCUCAAACACUCCUUCAAGUAGUGAUGAUGUGGAGGCUGAUGCAUCAGAGAGGCAAGAGAAUGGCACUAAUCCUGAAGUGAAAGAAGUGAAUGUAGACGCUAAUAAUAAUCCACAAACUUCAGAGUCCAAUGCUCGCCGGAGUAGAAUCAGCUCCAACAUAACUGAUCCAUGGAAGUCUGUCUCGGACGAGGGUCGAAUUGCCUUCCGAGCUCUCUUCUCAAGAGAGGUGUUGCCACAAAGUUUUGCAUAUCAGAGAGAAACUAGAGAGGAGGAGGAACAAGAACAACAGAGAUAUCCAAUGGGUCUUGAUCUUAACUGCACAGCUCAACUAACUCAUGAUGAUGAUCAACUUGAAGAGGAGGAGAGAAACAUAGGAUUCUUGGGAAUCGGAUUGGGUAAUGACUCAAAUCUAAGUAGAGGAAGAACAGGUUUCAAACCUUACAAGAGAUGCUCCAUGGAAGCCAAAGACAGUAGACUCAUCAACACCACCAGUCCUAUUAUUCAUGCGGAACAGAAAGAUCCCAAACGGAUUCGGUUGGAAACACAUGCUUCCACAUGA